UAUUCUUCUUCAUCAAUCUCCUUGCUUGGUUUGUUCGUGACUAUGCUCAACCCUUCUUAUCCAAUCCCCUUCAUUAUAUUAAGGCAUGCGGGAUUGGAGGGCAAGAUUGUCUUUAUACAUUGGGAGUUCUUCGCGUGAGUUUAGGGUGUUAUAUAUUUUUCACAAUAAUGUUUGUGAGUACAGUGGAAACCAGAAAAUUACAUGAAGCUUGCAAUUCAUGGCAUUGUGGAUGGUGGGGAUUCAAAUUUAUUUUAUUGCUUCUAUCAUUGGCCCUCCCUUUCUUCAUGCCUUCCCAAAUUGUUCAAAUAUAUGGUGAAAUUGCUCGUAUUGGUGCAGGAAUUUUUCUCCUUUUACAACUUGUGAGUGUGAUCCAUUUUAUCAUGUGGUGGAAUAAAUUCUGGAAUCCUGAUGAGGAAAGAAAAAACAGCUGUUCGGUUGGACUUUUGAUGUCGACGAUAUUUCAUGGAGCUUCGUUGUGUGGAGUAGUGUGGAUGUACACGUCAUACGCCUCAAGGGCUUCAUGUUCCCUCAACAUCUUCUUCAUCACUUGGACUGCCAUUCUUCUUGCAGUCAUCAUCGCUGUUUCUUUACAUUCCAAGGUAAAUAGAGGACUUUUAUCCUCAGGAAUUAUGGCUUUGUACAUUGUUUUCCUCUGUUGGACUGCUAUCAGAAGUGAACCUAUAAUUAUAAGAUGUAGCUCAACGAAUCCAGAGAAAGCAAAUCAUGAUUGGAUGGCAAUAAUUGGCUUCCUAAUCGCUGUCUUUGCCAUUGUGUUGGCAACAUUUUCCACAGGAAUUGAUUCCAAAUGCUUUCAGUUUCGAAAAGAUGAAGUGGAAGAGGAGGAUGAUAUUCCAUACAAAUAUGGAUUUUUUCACCUGGUUUUCUCCUUAGGAGCUAUGUACUUCGCUAUGUUAUUCAUUAGUUGGGACCUCAAUAAUUCUCCCACCAAGUGGAGCAUUGACGUAGGGUGGCUAAGUACAUGGAUCAAAGUUAUGAACGAGUGGUUUGCAGCCUCUUUUUAUUUAUGGAUGUUGAUUUCUCCUGUGCUGCGACAAAACAAAGUGACAAACAACAACGAAUCUGUACAACAGGAGACGCCGCACUCAGCCAUGGUCUAA